AUGCCCGCAGACGAAUACUCCUCCGUAGUCCGCGGCGGGCUAAAACUAAAAGGCUCAGCUCCCUCCGGUGUCUCGAAGAAGAAAAAGAAAGACAAGAAGCCGAAAGCUGCGGACGGAGAGAGCGAGAGCAAGAAAGAUGCGCUGAGGAAGGCGCUUGAGGAUGAAGAUUCUGCGAUUGUGAAGGCGAGAGCUAAAGGUGAAGGGGAAGGGGAGGAGGAAGGUGAUAGGGAGCUAGAGGAACGAGGUAACGAUGGCAAGACGGCGAGUGAGAGGGCUUAUGAGGAGAUGCGGCGCAAGAGGUUACAUGAGCGCUUGCAGAAAGAGGGCGUCAGGACGCAUAAGGAGAAGGUGGAGGAGUUGAAUAAGUACUUAUCGAAUCUGAGCGAGCAUCAUGAUAUGUAUGUCCCCUUCCUCGAGAACGAGCUGUUGGAGAUGAGAUGGAGAUGGCUAACGACUUUGGGGAUUAUAGGCCGAGGAUUGGGCCGGGAUAAUACGAAUUGUUUGCAGGAGGGAUACGGAAGGGGAGGAUGCUAG